AAAACAAAACAAAAAACAUGGUAAUAAAACAAAUGUCUACCCCAAAUUGACUAAAUGUAUAUUGUAGCACAGUAUUUAUAUAGAAGCUUUGUGUUUGUACAACACAUGCUGUGUAUCUUCAGGGUUAUGAGCUUAUUACUGUAGUGCUUUUGACGUGAUUAACUGCUAUUCUCGCAUCAAGUGGUUGAUGUAGAAUGUGGCUAGUGAGAGUGCUAGGACUUGAGUAACACACCUGACAUCAUUAAUCAGGGAGCUUGGCUGAACUUCAGCAGUUCGAUUUAGAAAGUCUGUGGUUGGAGCAGUGCAUUUUCAAUGCACUUCUAGGAGUAUAAACUGUAGGCAUCUUUCCAAACAGGCCUGUCAAUUAUGUAACAUUGAACAGAGUGCAAGUAUAACCAUGCAGAGAACCACUAAUGCCUGUUUGGUUUGGGAAUAUAAAAAAAUAGCCGGAUCCCCAGUUAUCUGAAUUUGCGCAUUGUUCUUUAUAACUAUCAAUCCAUUUUAGAUAGGGGUGAGUCUGAAUUUUUGAGUAUUCUAAAUAAAAUUACUAGUCGAAUACUUAAAUCAUGUUUUGAAUAUUCGUUCUUUUCUAAAACAAAUGAAAAAAUGUGCUAAUUACAUUCUCGAUGACAAUCCACUUUUUCCCUGGUUUACUUAUUCCCCAGGACUCCCCAGGACACCGGUACUGAAUACCAGGAUUUAUUUGAUCUGCUUUUCAUUCACCAUGCAUGCAUUCCAUCCACUCUCAAACAGUCCACAAGCAUUCCGUUGGAAAGCAGUCUCGUCAUGGCAACUAAAGUGUUUGGCAGCUUUGGUGCCAAUCAUUAUCCAAUCAUCACAAAUCUCCACUUUGUUUCAGUGCUCAUUGGUGGGUCAACGAGAGAAGCGAUGUUGAAACAGAUAUAUGGAGUAGUGUUUUAGUCCACGUAAACUAUCUGAAUAUGUGAACGAACAAAUAUCCAUGUCUCCAUAAAUAGUGAUAGAUAGAAAUAUAUCUUUUGCCUUGUACCGAUUUACCACCUUGCCAGAACUUGCGCAACAGUUUCUAAAAUGACAAGGGAUGCGUGGGAUACAUAACACAGGAUCAACACAGUGCUGCUUAAGAUUUGGCACACAGAUCAGAAUCAGGGAUACAGAUGCAGGGAAUGUACGUCACUUCAUGUUCAUGCUUCAUGUUUUCCAAACACUGGCUUAACUUGCAAGAUGAUUCUUUGGGACUGGGAUCUGAAGCAGUGGUACAAGCCACAGUAUCAGGGUGCUGGGGGUGGAAAUGGAGUGGACCUCUCUGUUAUAAAUGAAGCCCGCAACCUAGUGUCUGACUUGCUGAUCGAUUCCUCUCUCCCUCCGCAAGUCGUAUCUUCUCUGCGCAGUAUUAGCAGCCUGAUGGGGGCGUUUUCAGGCUCCUGUAGGCCACGAGUAAACCCAUUCACCCCCUUCCCUGGCUUCUACUCCUGCACUGAAAUGGAGGACCCAUCAGAGAAGGGAGAAAGGAAGCCUUACAAGGGAAUGACUAGCAGGAGCAGCUUACCCACCCCACAGCUAAGGAGAAGUUCAGGGGCUUCUAGCCUGCCACCACUGGAGUCUUCAUCUUCUAGGUGGGAGCGCAAUAGUGGAAAGAGACCUCACCAGGAAUUCACUACGGCAAGCCAAGGGUUGCAACCAAAUGGACCUUCAAACCUGCUGAUGAUCCCUAAACAGAGGUCUUCAUCUGUAACAUUAACACAUCAUGUUGGAUCCAGACGGGCUGGCACGUCUCCGAGUCUGAGUCCUGUGAACUCACCUAGCCAUGGCCCAGUGGUCGGUAGUUCUCAGGUGACCCGUUCCCCAGUGGAGUUUCCAGACACUGCUGAUUUCCUCACUAAACCAAGUGUCAAUCUUCAUAAACCUUUAGGAUACACUCUGAGUUCCACAGAAUUCCAGCCACAGUUCAGAACUUCUGGCACUUUUCACUGCACUAGUUGUGGACGUCAGACGCUGAAAACGAUUCAGAGUGUGGAGUCUGGGGAGAGUAAUUUACAGCCUGGUUCAGAAUUUCUGAACAGACGAUCAGGUGAAGGAGUUGAAAGCACAAGCGAUAACAGACUGUUAAGGGAAUCAGAUGAGAAAGAAGAAACACCAAGUGAACAAUAUUCAUACACGAGAGAAUACAGCAGCAGAGGCAAAGACGAUCCAGAACAGCAUCCAGAGCCGGCACUGAAGAAUCAAGAGACUGAGGACUUUUUAUUAGAUCCGGUACUGGAAGAUCUGGAAGACCUGAUGGAAAGUAUCAACAAUUGGAAUUUUCCCAUUUUCAAUCUGGUGGAGAAGACCGGGGGAAAAUCAGGAAGAAUACUCAGUGUGGUCAGUUACACCUUGUUUCAGGAUGCAGGUUUAUUUGAAAUCUUUAAAAUACCAACCCGAGAAUUCAUGGCCUACUUCACUGCACUAGAGAAUGGCUACCGGGAUAUCCCUUAUCAUAAUCGCGUCCAUGCCACGGAUGUGCUUCAUGCUGUUUGGUACCUGACAACAAGGCCAGUCCCUGGAUUCCAGCAAAUACACAAUGAGCACAUCAAUGGGAGUGACACAGACUCGGACAGUGGGAUUUCCCCAGGCAGAAUGGCCUACGCAUCCUCUAAAACCUGCCCAAUACAAGAUGAUAGCUAUGGCUGUCUGGCUUGGAACAUCCCUGCCUUGGAGCUGAUGGCACUCUAUGUAGCAGCAGCCAUGCAUGAUUAUGAUCAUCCUGGGCGUACAAAUGCAUUUCUUGUAGCCACUAAUGCCCCGCAGGCUGUGCUGUACAAUGACCGCUCGGUCCUGGAAAACCACCAUGCAGCCUCCGCGUGGAAUCUCUUCUUGUCCCUGCCAGAGUUCAACUUUCUGUCUAGCCUGGAUCACGUCGAGUUUAAACGCUUUCGUUUCUUGGUGAUUGAAGCCAUUCUAGCUACAGAUUUGAAGAAACAUUUUGAUUUUCUUGCAGAGUUUAAUGCCAAGGUUAAUGAUGUGAACAGCCCAGGAAUAGACUGGACUAAUGAAAAUGAUCGUCUCUUAGUUUGCCAAGUGUGCAUUAAGCUGGCAGACAUCAAUGGCCCAGCGAAAGCCCGUGAGCUGCACUUAAAAUGGACAGAAGGCAUUGUUAACGAAUUUUAUGAACAGGGAGAUGAAGAGUCUAAUCUUGGUUUACCAAUCAGCCCGUUUAUGGACCGGUCUUCACCUCAACUGGCAAAGCUGCAGGAGUCCUUCAUCACGCAUAUUGUUGGUCCGCUGUGUAACUCGUAUGAUGCAGCCGGUUUGCUUCCAGGCCGCUGGAUUGAGGAGGAUGAGGAUGUGCCAGAGUGUGCUGAGGAAGAUGAAGAUGGAGAUGAAAUUGAAACAGAAGAUGAUGACAUGGAAGAGGACACUGCACCAAAAAGGAGAAAGGGCAGGCGACAGAUGUUCUGCAACAUCAUGCACCACUUGACGGAAAAUCACAAAGUGUGGAAGAAGGUUAUCGAAGAGGAAGAGAAGAGCAAGUCUGAACUGAAUAAACAGCAAUCUGAGAACUCAUCUUUACCUCAAACAUCAGAUGACAUCCAGGUAAUUGAGGAAGAGGCAGAGGAGGAUGAGGAGAGACAGCAGGCGGAGGAGAAAAAGUGACGCUACCACAGUCCUGCUGGACCUCAAAGGACACACUGAAUUGUCACUGUGCUGACACCAGAGACACAUUUCAUGUCGCGUUGAAAAGGCCUUAAUACUGUGAGAGGAUUCCUGUGAAUUAAGCGGGAACCCCACUCCUAUGCACUUUCACCCCAUGGAAAUAAAAUGAGAAUAAUAAUUACAAAGAAAGCAUACUUAAUGAAAAUAAACAACAAGCUUGUAUAACAUGAAGUAAGGGCCUGAAUGCCUUCCAUGAUGUAAAGUUAGAUAGCUGUGAUGCUGCCUUGUUGAACACAGAGCGCUUACUUUCCAUGAGGUACUUUAGAGAUAUAAAAAAAUAAAUAAAAUCGAAUGACACUAGCUACCAAAGUGAACAGUGCAAAUAUAGAAAUGUAGGUGUACCCUUCAGAUUUCACCAUUUAAAAAAGAAAAAUACAUUGUGCCUGUCUGAGACUAGGACUGAACACUGCAGUGCAGACUGUAUAUGAACAAUUAUUUCUUCGAAAACUACAGUUUUACCAGAACUUGAUACAUUUGGUGACUGUAAAAGCAGACAGUAACAUUGGAACACAUGCAAGUUCUGAAGUUUUGACUGAAAAAAAAAAAAAAAAAAAAAAAAAAUCGAAAAAUCACCUGCAUCAAUUUUGAUGCCUUUUAUCGUUGUGUAUAACCUGUAUGUUUUGGUUUUUACUUUAUGUAUAUAAAAAACAAACAAAAAAAACCACAACAAAAAAAAAAAAAAGUAGUUCAGCAAUGCACAGGGGCCAGUCAGUUCAAUCAAACCAGAAAAGUCCAUUGUUGUUUACCACAUAGCAUUCAGAACAGGAAAGCUGUUUCAAUGAAGGGAUAUUUUUCCUUUUUUAUUUUACUAUAUAUAUUUUUUCACUGUUACUCAGGAUUCACAUUUAGAAACAUUUAGAUAAAUAGCUAUUUCACAAGCUCAUGGAGUCAUUAAAAAAAGAAAAUACAAAACCGUUUUUAUUCUUUGUACGGGACAUUUGCAACAAAUAUGUAUUCAUUUGUUUUAAACCUUCCUCCAUUAACCUGUUAAAGAAAGGUGAAUAAUUAUAUUGCCAGUUCCCCCACAAAUGUACAAUUCAUUGUGGUAUUUUAUGACUUUUGUAUUUUAUUUUCAGAACAGUCCUUGUAAAGAGAUCCUACAAAUAGGUUUGAAAAUGGUGUUUAAUUAUGUUGCAGCCUAGUGAAAAUAAAACUGAUUUCGUACAUUGAAUAAAUAAGGUUGACCAUGUAUAAGGAUAGGAUUAGAUUUUUCAGUUGUCCUGCUCUAUAUACAUUAUUUUAAGAGAUACUUUUUGUUGUAAACCCACUGAGUCUUGUAUCAUAGUUCUACAAACAUCAGUAUUUUCAUAGAUUACAUCUAAUUUGCCAAAUGUACACAGGCCAAUAUGUAUGUUAGUUAGCAUCCUACAGUAUUUCCCCAGAACAGUAAAAUACUUGCUGUUACAUCUUCAGCAUAUCACAUAAUAAUAUGGCAACAGAACUAAUAAGUAGGAACUCGAAACAUUCCACAAGAAACAUUCUACCUAUUGAGACUUGUGUAAAAAGAAAAAAAAAAGAUGGAAGGAGUGUGAAGGAGUUUGCAAACUAAAUGCAUGUACAGCUCUUCCACAAUGAUUGUAAAUUAUUUCAGGAUGCAGAUAUUAAAGUUCUCGUGCAGACUGUGCAAAUCAAGCUGGUAUAACAGAAAUGUGUACCUUUUCCUCCCAAGCAAGUGUUUAACCUCUGCACACAAGCAUAUUUACACAUCUGAAUCCAGAAUCUGUUUUAUACAUGUGGCUGACAUAUAUUGUACAUAGAGAACCUGUAAUUAUCAUCCAGUUUCCAGAGUUUUUAUCUAAUACUAUAUACAGAUGUACAGUCUGUACAAGGGGAGCUGUGGGUACUUGUGUUUUUAUUUUGUCUGUGUACAAUGUCUACAUGUUCCUAAUCUAACCACUCUUGUUGCUAAAUCUCUGAACACAGCGUUGUUAUUUAAUACACAGUUGGUGCCAAACUAUUCCCUUCUUGUGAAAUACACCCAGGCAGUGUUCCCAUCAUAUAUUUCUAACAGUAAUAAACUUAAGUUACAUGGAAAAACAAAAAA